AUGACUUCAUUGCAAACUUUGUUUCCAGGACUGCCUCCUAGUUUUGAGCCUCAUAUUACAAUCACUACAAAUCUAUGGGUAGACUUGGAAGAUGCAGAUAAGAGAAGAGAUGAUGUUAAUAAAAUUCUAUCAGCAAGUGCCGUUGCACUUAAUUCUAUUCCAAAGGAUGGUACCAAUUUGGUCACCUUGGGAAAGGUGGAUAGCCAAAGAAAAUUUCUUAAAAAGUUGUACUUUAAAGCAUACAGAGACCCUAAGUUGAUUUCUUUUGCCCGAAUUAUUAGGGAAUUGUUCGUCAUUUUGCCCAAUGAUAUCGAGCAAGAAAAUAUGAAACAGAAUCCACAGCUAUACACGUUGGAUGAAGAAGGGAAUUCGGUCAGAAGGCGACCACUGAAGAAGCGCAGAAGUCAAGAAACUGGCCAACCACCGAAAGAGUUUGACCAGACACAAAUUAAGCAGGAUGCUACUGUUAAGGCUGCAGAAUGGGCUGUUACCGAGUACGACCCGCAUUUAUCGCUCGUUUAUAGUGAUCUCUAUCCCAUUGAUAACGCCUUGUGGCGGACUAUUAAGACGAGGAUUCAAGAUUACUUAAAUAUUGAUAACUGCGAUGCUGAUUAUUUGGAAGACAAUGGUUUAGAAUGGAAUGGAGGUGUGUUGAAGUUGGUAUUAUGUGAAGGUGAUGUUAAUGAAUGGGUGACGUUAGGAAGCGUUGACUUACAUUAG